AUGUUGGAACAGCCAGGCUGGGCGCAUGUGAUCAAAACUGGGCUCAACCGAAGCCGACUCGUGGCCGUGGCGAGUCUGGGCUGGUUAGACGAGCAAGUGAGAUCCUCGAAAAGACGCAACUCGACUGAAGGGAUGCAACUGAGCAUGCGAUACGCAAGACGGCAAGUCAUCCUCAGGCAACAUGUGUUGCUAAGGCGAGGCUGGACUUCAAAGAUGCCCGGAAUACUUUUUUUUAACGGCACUUUUUAA